AUGUCGGCCUACUUCUACGGACACCAGCAAGCGCAACAACAGCACCAUGCCGCGCAGGCUGCCCAUCUGCCGUCAACCAACCACCACGGCGGCCGCUCGCGGAGAGGGCCUCGCAUGGCCUCCCAGAACACUCAACGGCAAUUCCGCGGUGUCAAGAGCAUGAGGGAGCUGGCGGAAGCGCCCACGGUGACGGCCUUCCGUCUGCGCUUCGAGGCGGGUCGGUCGUUUGAUUUGGACGACGACUUGGAAUUCUGUCCCAACCUGCUGACGGAGGAUGAUCUGCUCUCGAUCCAUUCUUCCGCCUCGGAUCGGUCGUCCCUAUCCAGCGGGUCACCUGACUCGUCUCCCCUGCAGCACCAGAUCCAGCCCGCGCAACAAGUCACCCCGACCAUCUCUCUUUCGCCAGGCGCCUCUGCCAACCCUUACCUCAAUAAUGUCUCUUCGGCCGCCAUGAACAGUAAUUUUAAUCAACCUACCUUUCAGCAGCCGGCUGGUACCCGCGCGCGGAAAGUCAUUCCGAUUGUCAACCCGCAGACUGGCGCGACCCUGUCCAGCCCACCCAACUCCAUCUCCCCCGGCAUGAUGCAGAACGGCCAGCGUCGGUGGUGA